AGACUUGGCAGCUGUGGCAUGAACGGCUGGCCUGGCAUGCGGCAACGCGGCACGCUACAUGCGGCACACUACGCACGACACUUCCUACAACUCGAGAUGCAUCACCGAGAGUGGCACGCCUGUGCGAGGCACCAACACGCAGUACACCUGCACCACCCGCAUCCAGUAGCUAUGGUUCAUUCUUCAUCGGCUGUUACAUCUCCCCGUGUUGAUACGUCCCUGUUGCUGCCUCCUCGGCUCAGGACACAUAUGGGCAAAGUGACCGAUGCGCUGACAGUUGUAGCAGGUCUUCUUAGUAGCUCGACACUCUCCGUUAUGGUUCCUGCCACAGUUAGGACACGCUCGAAUAGGCCCAAGGGUGGCGAGGCGGUCGUCAUGCCUAUCCGAGCCUCCCCGUUUACCUUUUCGGUCAUCCCGGUGGGAAUCAGCCGUCCUUUUUCUCAAACUAGAGCUAGGCGGCGCAGAGGAGAUGGGCUGAGCAUAUUGAAUGAAAGUCUGGACAAGCUGAGAAGCAUGAUAAUAGGAGGGGACUGGAGUUAUAGGAAUGAGACAAAUCUCCACCUCCUGAGCCCGACUCACAGU